UCCUGGCGGCAAUGGCGGGGCUGCUGCGUCUCAUGAAGACGACAUGAUUGGUGGCGUCCGGUUGUAUUUUGAGGCAUUUCCAGUGAUGCAAAGGGGAGGAACAAAAACAAUAAAGAUUCGGCCUGCGCGCCUCUCCCUCAAGGUUUGGCGACCGGAAAGACCCAAGUCAACUACGGUCGAUUUUCUGGUUGUCGUUGCCCGCAUGAUACGCGAGGUGGAACAUAUUGCAGAACUACACGACGAACUACACGAUGAUGUAACGGGUUAACUUCUCCUCCAAGAAAUGAGUUUAUCAAAAGCGCAAUAUGCAGCGCAAAAAUCUCAAUUUCGUGCUCUUGAUCUCACGCUGAAACGUCAUCUCACAUUGGUUUGCGCAUGCGCGCAACAGCGCAUGUUGGCAAGCUUAGAAGAGCACGUUGAUCUCCAUCUACUGCUACAACUUCUGUCUUAAAUACAACGUGAGUUUGGCUCGUUGACUGCUUGUUGAAGCUGAAUUAGACGGCUCGGUCCUUUGAACAUCUACAUUCUAUUUCCUUCUGAGCGCGUAGACGUACUCGACUAAUGGUCGAUGCAUUCUAUGGAUUACUCUACUUGGCCAGGGAGGUUUAGAGAUGAAACACUUGACCAUGACGGACCAUGAUAAAAUAGCCUCGAUCUGUUCUACAGGGAAGAUCUUCAAUGCCCCUUCCUCCC